GGUAUAAAUAAAUUGACACAACAUUACCCAAAGUCAGUGUUUAUCGUUUGUUUCGUAAUCUGAAGAAAAGGUUUUAUUUUUUAACAAUAUGAAUUUACCAGUCUGGAAAACUGCCCUGUGCGCCAGCGGAACACUCAUCUGCGGUUUGGCAUUCAAAGUUUUGCAAAGAAACUUGUCAAAAACUACCAACAAAACUGACAUCAACGAAUUCCUAUUUUACGGAUCGGAAGACGAAACGCGAACGCGAGAAAUAGGUAUAGACAAUCUAUACUGUAUUUACUAUUUAUUAGCUCACGCGAAUAAAAGUAUCGACAUAUGCGUGCCAAGCCUGGAGAGCGGCACGAUCGCUCAGUGCCUCAUUAACGUCCAACAGAGAAACAAUGCCAGGAUCAGAAUAGCUAUACACAAUAGCGACAACUACCACCAUUUGAAUUCGUUUGCGAAAUGCGGAAUCCAGGUUAAAGUCAUCAAAUCUAACGAACGAUUAGAACACGAAUUUAUACUUAUUGAUAGUUCGGACGAUUUGGUAGAAGCAGUGGCGGUAAUUGGAUCGAUUGAUUACGAGACUUCGCGAGUCAACUGCAACAGAGACGCGACCCUCCUCACAUCAGACGCUGCGGUUGUGAGCACCCUAAAGAAAGAGUUCGACCGUGUCUGGACCUCUGUCCCUGAAUUCAAACCAGAAAAGGAUAACAAAUAGCCAAAUAGC